UACAUUUGAUUAGGACAAUGUUGAAUGUCAGGUUGGAAAGUGUGAAUCCUUGCAUCACCUGUAAAAUCUGUAAAGGAUACCUUAUCGCCGCCUCGACGGUUACGGAGUGUCUUCAUACUUUCUGCAAAAGCUGCCUUGUCCAGCAUUUAGAGAACAGAAAUACCUGUCCGGAAUGUGAAGUAGUGAUCGACCCGGUCGACCCCUUGAAACAUGUCCGCUUUGAUCGCACAUUACAAGAUAUUGUAUACAAGUUGGUUCCAAAACUGGAAGAAAGCGAACUCAAGCGAGAACGGGACUUUUAUCAACCCCCAGCACCUCCAAUAACUGUCCCAGCUAGUCAAGAGGUCAACGUAACGCCAACGACAUGGCAGGGACAAGUUAGUGUGGAACUAAAGGAGUUUGAGAUCAGACUGGUGGAUCUUUCUCCCUUUCUAAAAAUUAGAAAGCGUCUCGUCAAGAAGAAGGCUAUUCCAUAUUCCUGCCUGCUGUGCUUGUCCACAUUUAAAACACUGGAAAAUUUAAACCGCCAUGUUGAAGAAAUCCACGGAUAUGUGAAGACCAUCCCCUCCAAAACCCGUGCGCUUCUGGAAAAUCACGACGGUAACGUCCACCCGAGAGAGCGUCCCUUUAUUUGCAAUGUGUGCGGGAAGGCGUUCAAGUUUCGGGGAUGUUUAGCAAUCCACUCAAAAAGAGUUCAUAGAGAGACCAUUCAGAUACCCCGUUCGAAGAGGAACAUGUUCAUGACGACAUUAACGAAGAUGAAGAAUUCGCUUGGAUUGUUUAAAUGAUAGUAUUGUCAUGCAUUAUCUUUACUAAUAAUUUUAAUUAGUUGGAACCUUAAUGCAAUUCUCGGUCAAUACGUCCACAAGUAUUUUCUGAAUUUCUUAUACUUUUUUUAUAUGCUUUCUUAAAAGACUGAACCUUUCAUCAUUUAUUUUACUUAAUUCUUAACAUUGUAAGUUUGUAGUACAAAUUAAAACUGAGCUUUAUUUAAAUGUGAAUAAUUUAUACAUGCAUAUGCAAAUAAAUAUGCACAUAGUAUUUUUCUAAUGUUUGUCGUCCUCGCUUAAAUUUUUUUGCCUAUAAUAAGAAUUGAGAAUAGUUUAGUUUACAGUUUAAAUUUUCUUAGUCCAUGUUCAGCAUGAAAAUUAUUGAUGGCAAUUAACACGCUGGCCGUGUAGUCCACCAAAACUGCCAAAUACGUGGUGAAGGUGGACAUCUUGAAAAAGUAGUAUCUUCCAACGUACACCUUGAUCGGUCUGAGCGAUCUGCACGUCACCCUGGACGCCGCCGCGUUUCGACAUCCUCUGGCAACCCCAACAUCUUGGAUGAAUCUCUUCGACUCGUGAUACAUUCGAGCGUUCCCGGUGAUGGCAUAUUUUUCAAAGACGAAGACGAGGACCAUACAUGCGACGCAUGCGAAGAAACGACUCCAUCCGAGGUCCACGUGUCUCAAGACAAAGAGCACGUUGACACCCACGUUGCAACCGUAAACC